AUGCUUUCAAUUAAUCUUAAUGAACUUGAUAUUUACCAAAACAGAAGUAAUGGCCCUUGGUGCUUGACACGGCAGGAUGUUCAAACACCAUUUGAAGAAGUAACAAGAUCUCUUCUACUUCCAGAUGAAUUAAUUGGGUGCAUAAUCGGCAGGGGCGGUGCGAAGAUAAACGCCAUUCGUCAAGAAUCAAAAGCCUUUAUCAAAAUUUCGGAUGCAGAAGAAGGUUCAAAUCUUCGCCGUAUUACAAUCAAAGGAAGUCCUAGCGCUGUGCGUUUGGCUAUAUUCUACAUUAAUCAUACCGUAAGUCUUCAUCAGCAAAUCGUUCAGAUGAAUCUAGUCAUCGAUAUAGCUCAGCAAAUCCAAAGUAUGAACGAAGAAAACCGCCAGUAA